GACCUCCGGUUCGGUGGUCGGCAACCCCUCCAAGACACGGUUAUCGAACCGUGAACAGCCCUACAAAAUCGAGAGAAAUUGAGAGAUAUUCUGUACCACUUAACCUACUCUGCUGGACAGCCCAAAUUUAAUCUCGGGCCAACUUAAGGUUGCUAGAAUUUCUGCGACAAAGGCUCUGUGUUCUUUUUUUAGUGGUUUGUGUUUAUUUUUGGGUUUUGGGUUGGGUUUUCUGUGCAAACCAAAAUAAGCUGUAAGUGGGCUCGAAGGCACAAUAACCCGAAAUGCUUCCGUCGAGGACGUAAGUUGCCAUUUGUACCUUUGCAUAUUUGACAUUGAUGGGUCUCGGGUCAGUGAGAAGAAAAAGAGUGUUAGCGUAGCUGUGCCAUGUUCUGCGUUUUGGGCAGGACUUAGAAUUUACCAAAACAAAAAAAAGAAGAAAAAAAAGAAAAAAGAUCCGCGAAAGCAAUAGUGAAUCUCUUAGAUUAGAUCGAUCACUUCAUAUCCCUCUCAUCGAUUCGUCAGCUUAAUUGAUUUUCUUCCCGGUCUCAGUUUCUCAAGCAGGAUUUCUCGAGUCUCAGUGUGACCUGAGAAAUCGGCAAUGGAUUUGGUCUCUGGUUACAAGGGGGUUGUAGGGCUCGUUUUUGGCAACGAGAAAUCUGGUUCUUCAAAUGAAGAUAGCUAUGUUGAACGCUUGCUCGAUUGUAUUAGCAAUGGUAAACUGUCAGAGGACAGGAGGACUGCUAUGUUCGAGCUUCAAUCUGUUGUGGCAGAAAGCUCUAAUGCACAGCUAGCAUUUGGAGCAAUGGGCUUUCCUGUUAUGAUGGGCAUAUUAAAGGAAGAACGCGAUGAUGUUGAAAUGGUUCGAGGUGCCCUAGAAACUCUUGUAAGUGCCUUGACUCCUAUUGACCAUGCAAAAGGCCCAAAGAAUGAAAUUCAACCUGCUCUAAUGAAUGCUGAUUUGCUCUCCAGAGAAGCAGACAACAUUUCACUUCUUCUGAGUUUGUUGUCAGAGGAGGAUUUCUAUGUACGAUAUUACACUCUUCAACUUUUGACAGCUCUUCUCACAAAUUCUCCAAAUAGGUUACAGGAAGCCAUUCUGACCAUACCUCGUGGUAUAACUCGCUUAAUGGAUAUGCUUAUGGAUCGUGAGGUUAUACGAAACGAGGCCUUAUUACUUCUUACUUACUUGACCCGUGAAGCUGAGGAAAUUCAAAAAAUUGUGGUCUUCGAAGGUGCUUUUGAAAAGAUUUUCAGCAUCAUCAAAGAAGAAGGUGGUUCCGAUGGUGGUGUUGUUGUGCAGGACUGUAUUGAAUUGCUGAACAAUCUUAUUCGGAAGAAUGGAUCUAAUCAGGUACUACUGAGGGAGACGAUAGGAUUUGACCCCUUCAUGUCAAUUUUGAAGCUACGAGGGAGUACUUACAGCUUCACUCAACAAAAGACAAUUAAUCUACUCAGUGCGUUGGAAACUCUUAAUUUGCUAAUAAUGGGAGGUUCGGAGGCUGAUCAUGGAAAAGAUGCAAAUAUGCUGACAAAUAGGACAACCCUCGUUCAGAAGAAAGUCUUGGACCAUCUUCUAAUGCUGGGUGUGGAAAGCCAGUGGGCACCUGUUGCUGUCCGUUGUGUAGCACUACGAUGUAUUGGUAAUCUGAUUGCUGGACAUCCCAAGAAUCUUGAUGCCCUUGCAAGCAAAUUUCUUGGAGAGGGGCCGCAGGAACCUGCUUUGAACUCAAUUCUUCGAAUCAUCUUGCGGACUUCCAGUAUGCAAGAAUUUGUUGCUGCAGAUUAUGUUUUUAAGAGCUUUUGUGAGAAAAAUGCUGAUGGCCAAACUAUGUUAGCGUCAACUUUGAUUCCUCAACCUCAUUCCAUGGCUCAUGCUCCUGUUGAGGAAGAUGUGCACAUGUCCUUUGGAAGCAUGCUAUUACAAGGUCUUGCAGCAUGUAACUUUGUUUAAAUUUAGUUACAAAAGGUAUACAUCUGACACAUGACAUUAGAAAUCCAGGCACUUAAACAAUUAUGGUUCAGCAUCUAUUGGGCUCAAUCCCACAUUAAUUGGUUCUCAGGGCCGAACAGCCUUUAAUGAAGUCCCU